AUGAACAUCGUGGAUCGAUACACCAUGCAAGAAUACCUCCGACCUCAAGUCGAAGCUAUAACCGAGGAGGGGGUUGAAGAGCGGAUCUGGCAAGGCGCAAAUCGGGAGAACGUGGUGGCACGGCUCUUGUCGGAUAUUGUGCAAUAUGCAAUACUCUCUCAUAGAUGGCUUCCCAAAGAUGAACCGACAUCCAGAGACAUGAUCGAUGGGACCGCCACAGGGCUUGGACGAGAGAAACUUUGGAACUUUUGCGACAUGGUGAGCACACUUGAAAUCAUGUUGGCUUGGUCGGAUACCUGUUGCAUCGACAAGAGCAGUAGCGCUGAGCUUGAUGAGGCUAUCCGAUCCAUGUUUAGAUGGUACCGGAACUCGUCCAUUUGCUUCGUUCACCUUGCCCGGACCACUUCACUUGAAGAUCUACAGUCCGAUGAAUGGUUCGUGAGAGGCUGGACCUUGCAGGAGCUCUUAGCGCCGCGAGUGACCAAGUUCUUCGACAAGGAAUGGCAUCCAUUGGUUGAUGGAUCAAACCACAAGGAGAAUUCGGAGAUUCUUCAACAUGUCAUUGCUGCCACCCGUUGCCCAGAACAUGCUCUGCGCGAUUUCACACCAGGACCUUUCAGCGUCGGUGGGCGCAUGUUAUGGGCGGCAAGAAGAAAGACUACCCGUGGUGAGGAUAUGACAUAUUCCAUGAUGGGAAUCUUCGACGUGACACUUCAGACUGCAUACGGGGAGGGCGCAGAACGUGCUUUUGUAAGGCUCAUUGAGAAAAUCAUGCUGUCCAGCGGCAACCAGUCCGUCCUAGACUGGAAAGGUAAACCGGCUGCUUCACACAGCUCCAAGGCCUUUCCUCCUUCUCCUCGCAGCUAUCUCGGACAGAUUGGGUACAACUCUACCCGGAAGCUCGACAUGUCUAUAACAAGCAUCGGCCUGCGGAUCCCCCUUCUCAUGCUUCCCCUCAACAAGCCAAGGCUCCUUGGACGCACAAAAGACGACCAUCAGCGGGUCAGGUUUUCACUUUCUGACGAGCGCAUCUCUUCGCUGGUCAAACCCAUCACCGUUACCAUUUGGAAGGGGUGGUAUAGGAAAGAACAGGACUGGGCUCUUGGAGUUUACAACUACAUACCCCCUUAUGGGAUUCGGUACAACGGACUCCCGGGGAUUCGAGCACAGUCAGUGGCAUACCUUCUCUGCCGCCAGGGCGCACCGGACAUUGGUGAUGCCCAAGCCCAGCAUGGAAUGAAAGCCAAGGAUGAUUUCCUGUUCUACUGGUGGAGAAAGAUGCCAACGACGCAUUUUAUCACUUUCACUGUCAAUUCGAUUAACGAAAGCGAGGUCAUGGUCAUGGACAAGGACUUCUUAGAAGUGGUGCAUUUGUAA